AUGGUGGAUUUAUCUCAUUGUUAUUUGCACAAACUGGGCGAUACUGAGCGGGCUUUGCUGGCCGAGCUUCGUGGGCGGGUGCCAUCUCUGGUGGCCAAAGCGCGUGAAACAUCGGAGGAUGCAAAGACUGCCGAGCGACUCACAAUCUGGGGUGUGGACCUCGAGCAAGACUGUGAGGCCUCUGACAUCAUUCUUCUCAAGUACAUCCGUGCAGAGGAGCUGAACCUAGACAAGGCAGCUGAUCGCAUCGUCGAGACAUUAGUCUUCAGAGCUGACUGCAAGAUUGACGGGCUCAGGGAUGCAGUUCUGCCGGACUGCUAUCAGGGCCAUGACGUCAUAAGUGGCUUAGAUGUGGAAGGCAGGCCAGUCAUGAUCAGCCGAUUUGGGAAGAUGGACUUAGAGAAAGUCUUUGGCGACAUCGAAGCAUUUGUGAGAUAUCGUGCGAAGCUGAUGGAAGAGGCAAUGGCUAAGAUCUCUUUCAAGAAGGGCGAGCCCGAGGAGUUGACUCAGGUGCACGACUACUCAGGUGUGCCGCUAAUCUUUCAGACGUCGCAGGUGAAGGAUGCAGUUUCCGCUGUCACGAAAGUGUUCUCCGAUCAUUACCCAGAGACGAAGGGCAAGACUAUCUUCGUUAAUUUUCCGACUGCUUUCGCAAAGCUUUUCAAGGCGUUUUCCAUAUUCAUCCCGGAGAGGACGCUUAAGAAGUUUCAGAUUUUGGGUGAAAACGACCAUGCACAACUCUUUGAGACCAUCCCGGCCGACAAGGUACCUGAAGGCCUUGGAGGCAUGCAUCGGGAAGGUGCACUGGCAGGCCCUUGCCACGUCGUCCAAGUACGCGCUCGUUGCACGGAAGAGGUAGCCCUUCUAAGGGCAGAGGGGCCUUGCACUUUGGACUGGGAGCUGAGAGUCUGCUACUGGGACAUCUCAUAUGAGCUCUGGUUCGUUGCAGAUGGAGUUUCUCCUGAGUUGGUUCAGAAAUCCGAUGGUUUGGUGCAGGCGACCGAGGGUGUCGUAAGCGGACAAUAUACAGCAAAAGCAGCAGGUGAGUUGAGGUGUCACUUCAUCAACAACGGAGCCUGGUUCAAGUCUCGACUCUGUGUGGCCAGAGCGCAACUUCACAAGUGA